GUGAGAUAGAGAAGUCUAUGAGUGGGCAGGCAGAAACAUGAAGGGUUGGUCCAGGAGUUCCAUGACUAUAAGAAGAGAAUGCUGGCCUUCAGAUGAACACACUUUGAGGGACAUACCGGUUUUAACACACGUUCAAGGAAAAACGUCCGUGCCCUGCUAAAAAAAUGGGAAUGCAGAAGGACAUGCUGGAAAAGGUUAUGCAGACUUUGCAUAUUCGCAACAAGCUACUGCGCCAGGGACUGGCCGAAUGUUUGGGAACUCUUAUCUUAGUGAUGUUUGGUUGUGGUGCCGUGGCCCAAGUCACACUGAGUCAAGGAUCUCACGGUCUCUUUCUGACUGUAAACCUGGCUUUUGGGUUUGCCGCCACCCUUGGAAUUUUGGUGUGUGGCCAAGUGUCAGGGGGCCAUUUAAAUCCAGCUGUUACAUUUGCUCUCUGCCUCUUGGGAAGAGAAAAAUGGAGAAAGUUCCCUAUUUACUUCUUGUUCCAAACAGUUGGAUCAUUCAUGGGUGCUGCAAUCAUCUUUGCUGAGUACCAUGAUGCAAUGUAUGACUAUGCUGGUGAAACAAAUGAAUUGGUUGUAGUUGGAAAUAGAUCCACUGCUGAGAUUUUUGCUACGUACCCCAGCAAGCAUCUUACCCUCCUAAAUGGAUUUUUUGACCAGGUCAUAGGCACAUCGGCUCUCAUUGUCUGCAUCCUAGCCAUUGUUGAUCCGUUCAACAACCCAAUCCCUCAAGGUCUCGAGGCCUUCACUGUUGGAUUUAGCGUCCUUGUCAUUGGCCUCUCCAUGGGUUUCAAUUCCGGUUAUGCAGUGAACCCAGCCAGAGAUUUUGGACCCCGCCUUUUCACCGCCAUGGCUGGCUGGGGUACCGAAGUCUUCACUGCCGGGGAUUGUUGGUUUUUGGUGCCCAUCUUUGCUCCCUUCCUGGGAUCCAUCAUUGGCGUGGUUGUGUACCAGUUGAUGGUGGGGUGGCACGUGGAGGCAGAAGCUUGGAACAAGAAAAAUAGAGCUUUGGAGGAGAAUGUAAAACUUAAUGAUGUCACCACUAAGGAUGGAUCUGGGUGAUCAGGCCUCCUCACAUGAGCGUUCAGCUUAAGAGUCUCUGGUUUUGUUGUAGGUCAUACAUAAAACCACAGAAGACUUUCGUUUUCUUCACCAAAAGGGAAUUCUGAUUGUAAAGCAGCCUUUUAAAAGGACUUCAAAAGAAACGCUGCACAUCUCCAGAUUUUAAGUCUUUCACAUUUGUUGCAUCUGACGUUUUGUUGUUUUAUCAUUUUUCAUCAUCUGCUUCUUCACACAUCCUCCAGAUUCCUCCAUUAAGGGAAAAAGGUCUUUCUUCACAACACGAAUUAUAUUAAUUCACGGUUUUGAAAAGGUAGUAAAAUCGUAGUGUAGUAUAAAUAUAUCAAUAUUACUUUACAGUAUAUUUUAUGCUUUUAUACAAAUGUAUUUCUAUUAUGCAAAUCUUUUGAGGAUCGUGUUAGGAAAGGUGAGCAAUCCUGCAAAUUCCUUUUUUUCUAAACUUUGUAAAUAUUUUGUAUUGCCAUUUUCAUUUAUAGCAGGAGUUUUUGUUAUUGCACCCUAACCCUAUAACUUCAUGAUUUUUUACCUUGACAAUUUUACAAUGUUACAGAUUACUAUUGUGCCAUGUCUAUUUCAGAAUCAUUGUAAUUGUGUGCCUGUGAUCUGAAUGUUUUGAAGCAAUGGAUUGUGACCCGAAUAAACUUUUAGAAUUUUUAGAAA